AUGUUGGCGGCGCGACGCGCGGACGGCGCGGACCCGGCGGGCGCUGGCGAGGCCGUGACCCUGCAGCGCAGCAUCACGCUGCUCAACGGCGUGGCCAUCAUCGUGGGCACCAUCAUCGGCUCGGGCAUCUUCGUGACGCCCACGGGAGUGCUCAAGGAGGCGGGCUCGCCGGGGCUGGCGCUGGUGGUGUGGGCCGUGUGCGGCGUCUUCUCCAUCGUGGGCGCGCUCUGCUACGCCGAGCUGGGCACCACCAUCUCCAAGUCGGGCGGCGACUACGCCUACAUGCUCGAGGUCUACGGCUCGCUGCCCGCCUUCCUCAAGCUCUGGAUCGAGCUGCUCAUUAUCCGGCCCUCCUCGCAGUACAUCGUGGCGCUCGUCUUCGCCACCUACCUGCUCAAGCCGCUCUUCCCCACCUGCCCCGUGCCCGAGGAGGCCGCCAAGCUCGUGGCCUGCCUCUGCGUGCUGCUGCUCACGGCCGUGAACUGCUACAGCGUGAAGGCUGCCACACGGGUCCAGGAUGCCUUCGCUGCCGCCAAGCUCCUGGCGCUGGCCUUGAUCAUUCUGCUUGGCUUCGUCCAGAUUGGGAAGGGUGACGUGUCCAAUCUGGAUCCCAAGUUCUCAUUUGAAGGCAACAAAUUGGACGUAGGGAACAUUGUGUUGGCAUUGUAUAGUGGCCUCUUUGCCUACGGAGGAUGGAACUACCUGAACUUCGUCACGGAGGAGAUGAUCAACCCCUACAGGAACCUGCCCCUGGCCAUCAUCAUCUCCCUGCCCAUCGUCACCCUGGUAUACGUGCUGACCAACCUGGCCUACUUCACCACUCUGUCCACUGAGCAGAUGCUGACAUCGGAGGCCGUGGCUGUGGACUUCGGGAACUACCAUCUGGGGGUCAUGUCUUGGAUCAUCCCCGUCUUCGUGGGCUUGUCGUGCUUCGGAUCAGUCAACGGGUCCCUGUUCACAUCCUCCAGGCUGUUCUUCGUGGGGUCCAGAGAGGGCCACCUGCCCUCCAUCCUCUCCAUGAUCCAUCCGCAGCUCCUGACUCCUGUGCCGUCCCUUGUGUUCACAUGCAUCAUGACGCUGCUCUACGCCUUCUCCAGAGACAUCUUCUCUGUCAUCAACUUCUUCAGCUUCUUCAACUGGCUCUGUGUGGCCCUGGCCAUCAUCGGCAUGCUCUGGCUCCGCUACAAGAAGCCCGAGCUGGAGCGGCCCAUCAAGGUGAACCUCGCCCUCCCAGUCUUCUUCAUCCUGGCCUGCCUGUUCCUGAUCGCCGUCUCCUUCUGGAAGACCCCCAUGGAAUGUGCCAUUGGCUUUGCCAUCACCCUUAGCGGGCUGCCCAUCUACUUUGUCGGUGUCUGGUGGAGGGACAAGCCCAAGUGGCUGUUCCAGGUCAUCUUUUCCACGACAGUCCUCUGCCAGAAGCUCAUGCAGGUUGUCCCCCAGGAGACCUAAACAGGAGAGGAAGGCACAAGACCAUUCUGAAGCAGCUCACCCUCACGACGCGACUUCUGGUCCCUCUCGCCCACAUCCUAGCCGUGCCACCAGCCCCAGAACCCCUGCUGUCCGUGCACCACUGGGCAGCAAGGCUGCUCUAAAAACCCUGGUACGAUUCUGUCCCAGACGGUGAACGUCCUCCACGCCUCCGUGACAGUGGGGCAUGGGCUGUGGACCGAAAAGAGGUUGGGCAUUUCCAACCCGCAGUGGGCACUGUCCUGCCAGGCUGUCACCCCUCCCACCUUUGUUUGCUUCUGUGUUUCAUUUAUUUUGUUUGUUUUUUUAAGUUUUGGGUCAAGUUGAUGCCACCAAGAUGAUUAUUUUUUAAAGAAAUGGGGGCGUUGGGUGGGGGGAGACAGUCUUCUUCCCCUAACGUGUCCUGCAGUGUGCUGUGCCUUGGAGGGACUGGAUCACUGUCACUGGCAACAGAACUACUGAGUCUUGGACCUCACUGUCUUGACCAUGGACCUGCACUGACCACCGGCCAGCCGGCCUGGGCCCACAUGCUUGGCAUUCUUAUUUUUUUAUCGUAAAUGUAGUGACAUUAGCAAAAACUAACCCUGUGGGCUAUGCCUCUUUGCCUUAAAGACUCGGACUAGUAUCCUCCCUCCCCAGCCCCAAAAGAGAAAGAAAUCUCAACAGCACAGCCCCCGAAGAGAGGGUUUGCAGAUCAGCUUGGCAGGAAGAGCCAAUGCCUUUACCUGGUGUCUACUGGGGGAAUGGAGGUGCCCAAGCAGAAGUUCUGGCUCCAGUGGGUGACUCUGGAGUUCUGUGGUAGCACACUGCCCCCGGCAUGUGCUUGGCAGGGCCUGGUUUCUGGGCUUGGGCCCCCAUUGGCCUCCUCACUGUUUAUCUGGCCUUGAGGCAUUGUCCUGAGUGACAGCAGACUCAGGGAUGCCCCACUGUCUCCCUGAGCACUCACCAGGCCUGGGGCACCGCGGGCUCUUGGCCGGUGCUACGUCCGGUUUGGGAGGCCGAACUCUAGUCCAUGUGGACAAAGCCCUGCUCUUCAAAUCCUCUAGAAACAGACAAGCAGACGUGCCGGGGCCCAGGACCCUCGUGGACUCCCACCCUGGCUCCACAUGGUAGCGUCCCCUCCUAGCAGCCCCUUCUUUGGGCUCUGAACAAUUGGCCUCUGUGCUGCCCUCUGACUGGGCGGCAGCCCCUUGAAGCUGCCUGGGGUUGGAUCCUGGCUGUGGCACCGCUGCCCACUCCCCGACUGCACAUACAGCUUGUUCCCCUCUUGAUUCCCACAUCUGGGAGGUGGAGCCAGGCGUUCCUCACCUCUCUGCCACCUGCUGCUGGAGGCUGCUCCAACUCUCUGGGGGUCAUUUUGGCACUUCCCAGAGUGAGGAAGCUGCCAGCCCUGCCACACUCCUCCCUGUGCAGAGGCUGCACAAGCAGCUUUUGUCUGGGCUGUUCCCGUGGUGUUUUCUCUCCCAGGGAGGCAGCCGAGGCCUGGCCAGCACUUUGGCUACGGCUGGUUUUCCUGAGCUGUCGCUACGUUCCAGGAAUUGGCCAGGAGGAGAGGCGUUGUCUGAGGUCAGGUUGCCAGAGACUUGUAGGUACGAGAAGUACCCGUCCAGCCCAAGCUCAUGCUCUGGACGGCUCUGCCUUGGCCUCAGACCUCUGAGUUUCUUGCUCCCAGGAGGAGGCUGAGCCGAGUCAGCUGGCACCACUCAGCUAUGCUGAAAGAGCUGCUGGGCAGCAGCUCCCCAUUGGGCACAGUCCCCAGAGCUCCCCCCAGCCGGCAGCCAGGGAGCAUGGGGCUGGACGCUGCCUUCUUGACCAGCAGCUGCUUGAGCCCCCCAACUCUGGGUCAAACCUGUCACCACCUGCCUGGGUUCUAGGACCCCCACGCCAUCCAGUGGGCCCAGAGAAACUUAAUAAGCAGUUUGGGGGUCCUGGGCCAGGCAUUGGGGCCAAAAAGAACCAACCAGGCAUCUAUCUGUCCUACUUGUGAAAUAAACCUUUGUGCUAGAGAGAGGAGGUGGGGCUGCCCAGGAGGCCCGUCCUGUUCUGUCCCAUUCUCAUCCCAUGGCUCCUGGCAGCAUGAGGAUGGACUUGCACGGACGUUGCCCCAGUGCAUGGAGUCUCCCUUCACAAGACAGGCAGCCCUGUGGCAGAAGACCUGACUGAGGCUUUGUGCUGGGCAAGGCCUGCCCUCUGGGCUUGCAGAUGGGGACAGUAGCUGCUGCCCCACCUGCUUGGUGGGGCCGUUGUGUGGGUCCAGGAGAUUGGAUGUUUCAGGUGACUGCAGCCCUGUGUGUGGGACGGGUGCUCCUGGGUACAUUGGCCACCCCCUUUCCUCUGGGGUCCAUCAGGGCCUGAGCAGUUGGCUGAGUUCACACUGCCGGCUCAGGGAGAGUGGACAUAGCCUUGUAGAACUCAGGGGGCCAGGUAAAUCGCCCUGGGGACAUGGGGCCCCACUGGGGUGCGUCAUGGGAGGUGGCUGCUUUGAGUCUGGUGGGGUGUCCAUGGGGUUGCCCUACAGGAGUCGAUCGUGCUCCCACGGUCCCUUUUCUCACUGAGGCCGGGAGCUUGGGGGUGGGGGUGUUUAGGGAGCAAAGGCUCGUACUGAGAUGUGGUUCUCCCCAGCACUGGAGGUGGGACCCCCACCGUGGGAGGCAGGUUGGACGUCUGUGAUCUUUGGGGCUGGAGAUCCAUUUGAGACGGCAGGGACCACUUGGGGGUAUCCCAUGGUGCUGAAUGGGGCCUGCUGCUGGCGGGGCCCCUCAUGCCCCCAAGUCCUUGCCUACUCUCCACCCACCCGUGCUGGGGAGACACCCUAGAGCUCUGCUGUGCUGGAGACGGGGGAGGACUGGUGAGACCCCUGGGACUGACUGUGAAGACUUCACUUUUUCUGACCAUGUUCUAAAGACAGACGUCUCAAGGGUUCCUGUUUGUGGGUUUUAAUGUUUUUUAAAGCAAAUCCUGGCGUAACAAGCAUCUGUUCACUCGUUUUGUUUUUACUUUGUCCUGAUGUCUUACUAAUUUAAAGGAUGCUCUUGGCACCAUGUUUAUUUAUUUCCAGCGGCCAGCGUUCAGCCUUGCUGUUUUGUGUGGCGCGUGCCGCACCUGCGUCCUGGUCUGUUCCGGCCACGUUGGGACGGCCCAACACCGUGACACCGGCGGCCAGGCCAGAAUGCCCUCUGCCAAGUGAAUGACGUGUGUGACUGUGGCGUCUUUUUAUUGUGUUACUGGUUAACCUGUUACAUUGGGCUGCUUUAGCUGGGGAAUGGGAAUUUUUGUGUGGGAUUUUUUGUUCAUUUUUAAAGAAAAACAAUCAGAAUGGCAAGUACUGCU